AUGAUGCUAAACAUGGACUAUUGGAAUGACAGCAUCAAGCUAAACAACCUCGGAGUUGAAAGUCUCCAACAAGGUCAGCUUGACAGAGCUGCCGAAUGCUUUCGGAAAGCAUCCGAGUUGAAUGCAGAAGCUUCCUAUGAUUCCCCAUUGGAAGGGUACGGUGUCUAUUCCAGCCAAUGGAUCACUUUGGCGCACAUGCCGCUGCACCAAAUGGCAGUUGGAUCCAUCAGUGCGACUCCUCCUUGCGUCCUGGCUAUUGGGGACAAAGUCCCUAAGGACAGCUGCGUUCAUGAUUCAGAACGGCAGUCAAACGUCUUUGUCACACGGCUAGACUGGAUCAUUGAAUUCAACCUUGCUACGACGCUGCAGCUGUAUAGUACCCAUGCCGCAUUAAGCGGCUGCUGCUCUUUGUUACUACGUGAGUCGUUCCAAUUGUAUGGCGAAGUGGCGCAAGAUUUGUUGGAGUGGAACAACUACUCCGCUACCAUGGACCUUGCCAUGUUUCUGAUGACGAUCUACAGCCACCAAGCAUCUAUUUGUGCUCAGUGGGGAGAGCGCAAGCUAGCACUACUGUACCGACGAAGGCUCGAUCGCAUUCGACACUGCUGUGCUCACACCACCCAGGCGGAAUCGCAACGUCAACAGAUUACUCUUGCACUUUGCGAGAGCCAGUGUGCACCUUGUGCGUGA